UGGAACCAUCCAAGUCCAAAAUCCCUCGCAUGAGCUGAAGUAAAGACGAACCAAGGAGAAUUAAAAGUAGUACUUUUGCACUACGUAUCUUCAGUAGAAGCCAUGCAAGAGAACAGCCUGUUCAGUUGUUCAGACACACGACAACGACAGCAACAUAUAUUCUGUGCAUAUAGGGCUGCCAUGUCAUGACAUGUGCUGCAAGUGUUGCUUCCAACCAGGAAACCUCAGAGUGAAAGUGAAAAAGCGAAGUCCAACCAACCCAACGCGACCGAACCCAAAGCCUGUCUCCUCUGGAGAAUGUCUCCCUUUGGGGUCUUCAUCGUGGUGGCUCUUCUCGUUUCCUCCAAGCAAGUUCUAGGCAAUGGAUUCCUGCCACCACCUCAAAACGUCACCGUUGUGUCAAAGGGUUUCGGUCUCUUCCUGACAUGGCUGCCAGAUGAACAUUACCCACCUGGAGUCUCCUACACCGUUCAGUGGAAAAACUCUUUUGUUCCAUGGGGCGACAUCUCACACUGCAGAGCUAUCUCUGAAACAAUUUGCAACAUAACUUGUGCGUCUCCAAAUCUGAACAACAGAUACUGGGUCCAGGUCAAAGCUCAGAUGAGAACUGGCACUGGGAUCAUCUCAUCCAUAUGGCAAUGGAAGUCUGUCGAUUACGAAAUUCAUGUGAACAUUGUUCCUCCUGUGCUACAAUUAAGAAAGACUGAACACACCCUUUGGGUGAACGCUACUUUUGUCUACCCAUCCUGCACAAAGGCCAUCUUUCAACAAGGUCUGACCUAUGAUUUGAAGAUUUGGGCAGAACAUGGGACAGAAAAACCGAGGGAAUUCAAAGAGCUGACAAAGAAUGUAAUGGAUAUUAACAUUACAGACUGGAGGAGCGGCAAUUACUGCGUCCGUGCCCAGGCUUUCUUCAACAACAACAACAAGAAACGGAGCAAUUUCUCCGAGCCGAUUUGCACGUUGCUACAUGAAAACAGCACAGCCCUGCAAGGAGGAGCCCAAAGCUGGGGAUUUGUUGCCUUUCCAUUCCUCAUCAUGUUGUCUGCUGGUGCCAUUGCUCUAUUCCUGUGGUCCAAAUACAAGAUGAAGGACAUCAAGAUGCCUCAGGCUUUGGAUUUUUCCAGGUUCAGAAGUACAAAGAAGUUGCUGGAAUUUGGUGGAAGGGAGUUAAUUACAGUUUAUAACCUGACAUGCACGGAGGUGCCCUUCACAUCCGAAAUGCGGGGCAGGCCUGGUCUCCAGCUGUAUUCAAUACUGACUCCAUCUGCACAUUCGCUGUCAGAAGAAGACGAUGAGGAUGACGAAGAUGAUGACGACAGCCUUGUACCAUACACUGGAAUGAUCAAAUUCCAAAAGAAAGAAAGGAACAGUCAAAGGAUCGCCAUGGAUCAGAAAGUACCUGAUCCUUCAUCUGGAUCUGGAUGUUCUGAGCCCAACGGAGGGUGCUGCUUGCCAGAUUUAAUGGCCUCAGAAAGGCUCUUUGUGUCAACAGAAUGGGAGACAGAUGUAGAUUAUAUGUCCGGCUUCUCUGAGAAUAACAGGAUGUCCAUUUCUGAAAAUUCAUCUGCAGAUAGUUCCCUUGGUUUCCCGGCUAUUCGUCCUACCUCUAGAACAGAAGGACAAGAUGCGAAUGGGGAUAUAGACUUUUUGAUUCAGUGGCCUCCAAUGACAAAAGAACCUGACUUUAACUUUCCCACUGGGUUGCAAUUUGGGGAUGCCAACAGCCAUCCUGAGCUUACCUGCAAAAGACUGGGCAAUGCCCAGGUCACUCUGGAUGAGAUCAACCUGGACUCCUUUGACCUCUUCCAUGAGGAGCAGCUCACAGAGGAGGAAAGUUCUGAAAAAGACUCCAGCGAUUGUGAGGGACUCUUUGUAGAAAGGCCUCUUUUGAAAGCGCCUUCUUGUAAGGAAGACUUAGAAAACGUGUUACUAGGAGGAAGCAGAGAUGCAGGUGCUGAGGUUUUAUCCAGUUCCAUGUGCCAUGGUUAUCGGCCCAAGCACAUUCCUUAUAUUUCAAGAACCUAA